AUGAAAGUAAUUAACUCCUCCGUCAAUGGACCCAUGGAAAAGGUCAUCGUAGAUAAACUUACAGCCCUCAAACCAACAUCUAUCACCGUCCAUAACGAUUCACAUAAACAUUCUCAUCAUAAAGGAAUGGAAAAUGCUGAAAAUAAGGUAGAGAGUCACUUUCGUAUAGAGAUCAUUAGUGAUGAAUUCAAAGGAUUGAACAUGCCUUCCAGACAUAGAUCAGUUUUCAAGUUAUUAGACCAUGAAUUCAAAACCGGCCUUCAUUCAUUGGUUCUUAAGACCAAGACUCCCGAAGAGAAAUAG